CCUCCUCUCUCCUCUUCUCUCCAGGUUUUGUUCAAAAUGUUUCUUGGGAGUGCAAACUUCGGGGAAGCAGCUCAUUUUGUGUCCACCCUGGGCUUCUUCAACUUCAUCUUCAUCUCCAUCACCCCCAUCAUCCUCUACUUCACAAAGGUGGAGUACUGGUACCCCUUCUCUGCUGUGCCGUGGGGUUACCUGUGUGGAGUAGCUGGCCUCUGGUUAGCUUUCAAUAUCCUGGUUAAUGUUGGGGUGGUGCUGACCUACCCCAUCCUGAUCUCCAUCGGCACCGUGCUC